GUGAAUGCAUGACCAUCUCCAUCUGUCAGGAAUUGUACUCUUUUUCUAGUGCUGCGACUUUUGCCGAUUGUUUUGGACCAGUUUUUUAGAGUUUUCUUGCUGCCUUUCUUGAACCAGUCUUCAGUCCACGCCUUCCUUCCUUCCGUCCUUCCUUCCUUCCUUCAUUCCCAUGCCCUCUUUCUUCACCACGAACCCCCCACGCCCUUUGUCACGCCACGCCCUUCCCUUUCUUUCAGCAGCACAGGAGCGAAAAGGGUCUCCAGGAUCAGAACAAUCAGGAGGAGAAACGGACUACAGAGCAGGGAAGCUGAUCUUGAUCGUCCUCGGAUACAGAAGGAGAUGCAAGAACGGUUAUGGUUGACAUUGGCCCUGGCGGUUGUCGUCGUCGUAACGAUCCUCGUCGCCGUCAUCGCGUGUCGGCGCUGCGGUUCGAGAGGCGGAGGUAGGGAGCAGCUCGUCCCGAGGGCUAGGACCGCCGAGUCUCUCCAGGAUGGGAUUGCCAAGCUCCAGCAGACAAGCCUGCGCCACCAGCUGGAUCGGGAAGGCAGGAGGCGGCCGAGUUACAACGCGUUCCGCCGCGGGGCCUCGACGAGGCCGCUGUUCAGCUGGGUCGAUCACCCGUCGCUGGUCACGGACGCGGUGGAGAGCGGGUGGUCGAGGUUCGCCUUCGCGGGCUACAAGUCGUCGCCGUCGACCCGGUCGGUGCUGCUCGGCGUCUGCGCGACGGGCGAUCACAGGAGCGGAAUCGAGCCGGAGAUAAGCUGGGAAGUGUGCCCGGGCUCCGCCGAUUUCAUGCAGAAGAUAAGAUUGAAUCCUGGAUUGCUGAAGAAGAUAUGUUUAAGCAACAACAAUCCUAUGGCAGCUUCAUCUGUCAUCAAAACUGCCUUGCCCUUGCCGGGCCCUCCAUUGGGCAAUUCCUCUUUUCCUCAGGAAGCCUAUUUCGAGAUCACGAUUUUGUACUCCAGGAGCAAUCGCGAUGCCUUCAAGUCCCAGGAAGGCGAGAGGACUAAACUCAUUCGUGAUAGUUCCAAUUUGAACGCCAACUCGGAGUCCUUGACCCAUGUUACUAGCACCGGUCGCGGAAGCAACUACAAGGUCGAAGAAUUGAAGCUCAAUAUCAAGGACGGGGGCAAUGGCGAGGCCGUCGAGGUGUCGCUCGGUCUCACGGCCGGAGGUUCGCUUCCUCUGAAACUUCCCGGAAGCUAUCCGGGUUCCAUCGGGUUCAACUCGAAUGGUUCUGUCUGUCUUGAUGGAAUCGAACUCGUGUUUGAAUCUGAGAAAGCAGAAUGGGGAAGGAUGGAGAAGGUGAUCGGAUGCGGGUUCGACCCCAGGCAAAAGAAGGUCUUCUUCACGGUGGACUCGGAGCUGAUGCACGUGAUCCACUGCAAGACGGAGGAGUAUGGUGCUCCGCUCUAUCCGACACUUGCAGCAAACAGCGACGUCAUGGUUCUCGUGAACUUCGGACAAGCUGCCUUCAGAUAUGGACCCGCGAACACGCAGCGCACGUCGAAUCCUUGCUUCAUCGGCCCGCUCAUGAAUUCCCCUGCUGCAACUCUGGGUUAUGAGGACAGCAGAGAAUUGUUUUCAAUGGGAAGGAUCGACUCCCAGUGGCUUAACCAGUUCAUGAGCAGAGGCAGCCACAACCAUGGUAAUAACAACAGCAGAGUUCGGGAUUAUGAUGAUGAGUCUGAGGCUGAUCUUUUUGAGAUCGCUCUGGAUAGUAGCGGAAGAUCCCCCAACACAGUUUUAUAGCUACGAGAAGCGAAACGUCACCAGGUUAUAAAUCGAAGCUUGAAUUUUUUUGGCACCAGAAAGCUGAUGCACACAGCUUGUGUGAUAGUAUGAAAGGGAUUUGUUUCCUUACAUCAUAGAAGCUGAUACAGAGUAUGACAGAGAGAUCUACGCCUUUCAAAUGAAAUGAGAAGCCGUGUCGGGAGUCUUUUCUGGUUGUUGUAGGAUUCAGGAUAGUUUCUGUACAUCUCUGAUAGCAGUUAUUCUUUGAUUUUGAAGGUUAUUUACUCUUGGUGAGACUUCACUUUGUACAUAUCCUCAUACAAAUGUCCAUACACAUCUGAUCUUGCUCCUUCAAA